CAAAUUAUCAGCCGGACACAUGUGCCUUUGGAAUCUGAGAGUGUGUAGAAAGCAACAUUUUUCUUCCGAAACAAGACCGCAAGAUUGAUCCGUGCCAUAGAGGAAGGAGGGGAGAGAAGGGGAAUGACAAACAAAUAGAAGGACAUGAUUGGAAGAAAAAGAAAUUAAAAUCCUUUGCAACGAGUAUUUUCGGCCAAAAAUAUCCGUCGAACUGGUGCAGUCGAACACUACACUUUAAAAAUCAAAAAGACUGCUGAUGCUGUGAAUCAGAAACAAAAACAAAAAUUGCUGGAAAAGCUCAGCAGGGUUAACUGAAUCUGCAACAGUUCAUAUUCACCAGAAAGAUCAUGACAGGAAAAGUGAAAUGGGCAACAGACAUUGACAAGUCUGUGCUUUUAAAUAACUUCGAGAAAAGAGAUUGGAUCCGGGUAUCAACAAGUGAAGACUGGAAUUUUUAUUGGAUGAGUGUGCAAACUAUCCGGAAUGUAUUCAGUGUUGAAAAUGGCUACCGUCUUUCAGAUGAUCAGAUUGUAAACCACUUCCCCAACCAUUACGAGCUGACCAGGAAGGACUUGAUGAUUAAGAACAUAAAGCGUUAUCGCAAAGAACUCGAAAAAGAGGGCAGUCCUCUCGCAGAAAAGGAUGAAAAUGGCAAAUAUGUUUAUCUAGAUUUUGUUCCUGUUACAUUCAUGCUACCGGCAGAUUAUAACAUGUUUGUGGAGGAAUUUAGGAGGAAUCCAAACAGCACCUGGAUCAUGAAACCUUGCGGAAAGGCUCAAGGGAAGGGAAUAUUUCUCAUCAACAAACUCUCACAAAUUAAAAAAUGGUCUCGUGACAACAAAGCCUCUAAUUUUCUGACUACCCCUUCCAAGGAAACUUAUGUCAUCUCCCUCUACAUAGACAAUCCAUUACUAAUUGGUGGGAAGAAAUUUGACCUCCGUUUCUAUGUGCUAGUGACCUCAAUUCGUCCAUUAAAAUGUUACAUGUAUAAACUGGGUUUUUGUCGCUUCUGCACUGUCAAAUACACUCCAAGUACCAAUGAACUAGACAACAUGUUUGUGCAUCUUACAAAUGUAGCCAUACAGAAACAUGGGGAUGACUACAAUCCCAUUCAUGGUGGAAAAUGGAGUGUAGCAAAUUUGAAACUCUAUUUGGAGAGCACACAAGGAAAGAAGGUUACUGAUAAACUUUUUGAUGAAAUCCAUUGGAUGAUUGUACAAUCACUCAAAGCUGUAGCUCCAGUCAUGAUCAAUGAUAAACACUGCUUUGAAUGUUAUGGCUAUGAUAUAAUAAUUGAUAGCAGACUGAAACCUUGGCUUAUUGAGGUGAAUGCUUCUCCUUCACUGGCAUCCAGCACAGCUAAUGACCGGAUCAUGAAAUACAAUCUCAUCAAUGACACGUUAAAUAUUGUUGUCCCUAAUGGCGAGAUCCCAGAUUGUAAACUGAGCAAAACUCCAUCCAAAGAAGCUCUCGGAAAUUAUGUCAUCCUAUGCUUCUUGCCUGUGGUUGUUUCCAUUAUGACUGGGUCCCAAAAUGCUCACAGAACGCCCCUUGAAAUGCUGAUUCCAGUGUGUACUUCCACUAAGUUACUUCAGGUUUCUCAGUCAAUGUCAAAAAUCAGCUAUGAUGAAGAAUUAGCAGUGAUUGAAGGAGUUGACCGUGACUUGAAAAAUCGCCCAGGUCAGUCCUUUGGUUCAAAAGUUGGACGAGCAAAAGAUUUUGGACGACCAAUCAGCACAACUUGGAAAUAAUAUUUUAAAAUUGGAAAAAAAGUUAAACUGCAUCAAUUCUGUUUUAACUGUGCAAAAUGAAUGAUGAAAAGUGGUUUGGCGUUUGCAAUUUUUUACACUAUUCACUGAGUUUUUUUUUCUGUCUGGCAGUAAUUCAGGUUGAUCUCUCUUUUUAUCCACCUUAUCUUUUCCUGUUAAUAUCUUGAUGACUUUGAUCAGAUUACCCCAUAAUCUUCUAAACUCUAUAGAAAAAACAGGCCUAAUUUGUGUAACCUCUCCUCAUAACUUAACCCCUAUGAAGUCCAGGUAUCAUUUAUGUAAGCCAAUGCUGUACCUCCUCCCCCCAUAUCCUUUCUAAGGUGUGGUGCCCAGAUAUGGUUAUAGUACUCCAAAUGGGGUCUAACCGGGGUUUUGUAUAACAGCAGCAUAACGUCUACAUCCUUGUACUCCAGACCUCUAGAUAUAAAGGCCAACAUUCCAUUAAUUCUUGCUUAUUUUCUUCACCAGCUCGUGACAUUUUAAUGGCCUAUGCACCUGAAAUCCCAAGUCUCUUUGGAUAGUCACUGUAUUUAAUUUAAUACUAUCUAGAAAAUAUCCUGAUCUAUCCUUUCUCAGUCCAAAAUAGAUAACCUCACACUUGCUUGCAUUGAACUCCUCUGCCACAUUUUUGCCCAUUCACUUAGUCUUUCGAUAUCCCAAUGUGAUUUUAUGUUACCAAAUACGCUGUCAAAACUGCUGCCAAAUUUUGUGUCACCAGCAAAUUCUAUGCCAUCAUCCAAGGUGUUAAUGAAUAAUGUGAAUAAUUUGGGCCAUAACACAAUUCCUGACAGGACACUGUUGGUCACAUCCUGCCAAUUUGAAUACCUGUCCAUUAUCCUUAUUUUCUGUUGCAUGCUACUCAACUAAUUUCCAAGCUUUGUCAAUAAUUUGCCCUCAGUUUCUUGGGAUUCUUCAUUAACUAACAGUCACUUAUCUGUGACUUCAUAAAGUGUCUUCUGGAGGUCCAGAUAAGCAACAUGCAUAGAUAUUCCCCUGUACACUACCUUAGUCAUUUCUUCAAAAAAAUUACAUUAAAUUUGUCAGACAUGACCUACCUGUCAUGAAUCCACGCUGGCUGUCCCUGAUUAACUGAAAUUUUCCAGGUGUUCAGUUACUGUGACCUUGAUUGUAGUUGCCAACAACUUUUCCAUCACAGAUGUUAGGCUAACUGGUCAGUAAUUCCCUGCUUUAUCUCUUUCUUUAAAAGCGGAGUUCCAUGUGCAUUUUUCCAAUUCAGAAGAACAAUGCCUGUAUCUUGGUAAAUCAGAAAGAUUAUAUUUGGGAUGUCUGUAGAGUGCUCCCCUCAUAGCUUUAGCACCUUCAAUAGAAACUGUCAGGUCCUGGAAUUUGUCACUGUUUUACAUUAGUUUUAUUCAGUCCCUAUUCUGAAUCCACUCUUAAUUCUAGGACACCCAGAAAGCUGUCCGCAUUUUCUGCUGUAAAGACUGAAGUAAAGUACUUAUUCAAUAUGUCUGCCAUUUUCCAGUAGUCAUUACCAAUAUCUACACUUUCAGACUUUAGUGCAUUGCACCUGACCACCCGCUUUCUGUUUAUGUAUCCGUAAAAUUGCUUGUUAUUGAAUUUGAUGUCCCUGGCACGUUUCUUUUCAUAACCCCUUUAAGUAGUUUUUACAAACUGCGUAGUGGCCCUAUGCUGAUCUUUGUAUCUUUGCCAUUCAGCUGGAUCGAUGUUUACAUUGUUUUUGCAUUGUUGUAAGCCCUUUCUUUUAGUUUUAUCCUGUCCUUUAUCUCAUUAAUUGUCCACAAAUAUUUUUUUUUCGGUCAAGUGGAGCUUUUCCCUCUCAGGAGUACAAGCUGGUUUUAUAUUGUGUUAAAUGUUUCUUUAAACAUCCUCCACUGUUCUUCAGUUGUUUACCUGUCAGCAUAUUUUUCCAUUUUACUGUGGACAGUCACUGUCUCGUCUUGUGAAAGUCAGCUUUAGCUAAACCUUAACACACUAGUAGCUGAUUCAUCGUUUUUGCUUUCAAACGCUACAUUGAAUUCAAUCAUAUUAUGAUCACUACCUGAUAAAUGUUCACCCAUAAUUAGGUUCCUAAUUAAACCCUAUUCAUUACUAAAUCCAGUAUUGCUCAUCCUGUUGUUGCAUCCAGGACACACUGCUGUAGGAAUCUAUCCCGGACACACUCGAGAAUUUCAUUACCUUUCUGACAGGUGCUUGUCUGCCUCUCCUAAUCUAGGUUAAAGUUAAAACCCCCAUUAAUAUGACACUAGCUUUGCCGCAAACUUGCUUAAUUUCUGCAUUUAUACAAUCUAGCACAUCAGAGCUGAUAUGCAACAUCUAUUACAGUUUUAGAUCCUUUGCUGUUUGCUUUACUCUUCCUCAGUUCCUCCCAAACGGUCUCCACAGAAUGCUUUGCCCCUGUCACAAUUAAUAUGUCUAACAAUUCUUAUGUCUAAUCCAGAGAUAGUAGGAACUGCUGAUGCUGGAGAAUCUGAAAUAACAGGGUGUAGAGCUGGAUGAA